CGCCACCAUAUGUUAUGCUUGAUUUUGACAUAAAUAACAUUGGAAACAGUUCCAAAAUUUCUUAAUAGAAUAUGGAUUUUAUUUAAAAAUGGAUCGUGUUAAUAAAUGGUCAAUUUGUUGGAUAUGUACCAAAGAAGUGGGCACUUAUUCUAUUUAUGAUGAAAUAAUUAAUAGUUACUUUAAAAAUUUAACAUCGAUUGAAAUAAAAGUACAAAGUGGAAAACCUGAAAUGGUUUGUAAAACGUGUGUGGAUAGUUUAUUUAAGUUUCAGGAAUUCCGGUCACAAUGUGAGAAUUCAUAUACUACCAAUUUUUUAGAAGCAUCUGCGGUUCUAAUGGAAACUAAAAUUAAAGUCGAAAACGAAAAUGAAACAGCAACGUUCGUUGUUAUACACGACGAAACUAAUUUUGACAAUAUCAUGGCACAACAAGGAGAUUAUUAUAAUAACGCUUUCGAAGAGAUUGACGUUAUGGAAGAUAAAUUGCAGCCGCAACCACUUUUCAAUAUUGACAUUGUAAAACAUGAAUCACAUAUAUUGGCAAAUGAAAGUGAUGCAAAUUCUUUGAAAUCAGGGGUUCAGGAACCUAAAAUCAGUGAUAUUUGUCUUAAUACGCCUGAUGAUGCUUCGAAAACACAACCGAGAGAAAAUAAAGAACAGAAUGUUGUAACAACAAAAAAGCAUAAAAAACUUUGUAAAAUUUGUGGGUCAACGUUUACUCAAACCAGCUCCCUUAAACAACAUAUGUUGAAACAUACUGGCCUUCGACCAUUCGUUUGCGAAUUUUGCGAGAAAACAUUCAACCGCCGUAAUUGUUUAAUUAACCAUCGUCGGCUUCACACUGGAUAUCGGCCGUACCAGUGCGACGAAUGCAUUCUAACGUUUACAACGAAAGAUAGAUUAGUGCGUCAUAAAAACAUUGACCACAUUCAGGAUGUUUCCAACAAAAGUGACAAACGCAUAUUUACAUGUUCUAUAUGCAAAAUUACAAAAAGCUCAAAGUUUUUAAUUAAGUUACACAAACAUCAGGAGCACGCAGAAAAUAUGAGAAAAAAAUGUUCAGUACAAGUUCCAUUAACACAAGACGAAGAUUCUGUUACUUUAACUAAUUCAAAAUAUUGUGAUACAUGCCAUCAGGUAUUUGCAACGGAAGUGGAAUUGCUUACACAUCAGGAAGGACAUUUAAUUUCAAAAAUUUUCAAAUGUAAGGAAUGCAAAAAGGCUUUUAGUAGAAAAAGCGAUUUACUUUACCAUCAACUAAGAUCACAUAAGAACGCUGAAGACCUUAUGAAGAAGACUAUGGAAUCUAAUGAAACCGAUAACAUGAACAGUGAGGAGGAAGAGAAACCAUUAAAAGAACGUAUCCAAGAGAUGAAGGUUGUGAAGCGUUUACGAAAGAAAAGUAAUAAAGCAAUGCAAAUAUUGUCAAGUUUUAAAUGUCGUGGACCAAGAGAAAAAUCAACGGAUGAACAUAAGUGUCUAAUUUGUAAAAAAGUCUUUACAACUGGACCAUCUCUUAAAGUGCAUUUACGUACACAUACCGGUGAUAAGCCUUUUAAAUGUGAAUUUUGUCCUAAAGCAUUUGCUCGCAAAAGUGUACUAAAUGUUCAUCGCAGAACACACACCGGUGAACGGCCGUAUAAAUGUGAUCAUUGUGAAAUUGCAUUCUCUACUAAAUAUGCUUUACUCAUACAUUUGCAAGAGGCUCAUGAAGAUAAUGGUGAUAUAGUGUUUCAAUCCAAAUGUUUUCGCUGUAAUAAAGUGUUCCCAGACAACGAGGAAUUGCAAAAACAUUUACCAGAGCAUCAAGAUCAAGAUCAGGACCAAACAUUUAGGUGUUAUUCAUGCGAAGAAACCUUCUUUAAUCUGUCGGAUUUUAGAAAACAUGUAGAGUCUCAUAAUUCUCCUAAUCAAUAUCAAUGUGGAAUCUGUUUAACUUCGUUUAAAGAAAAAUUCAAAUUGGACUUCCACCUAAAAUCGCACACUGUGCAUCAACACAGUUGUAAAAAAUGUGGAGACACAUUCGUUCUCAAGAAUAGUUUAAUAUUACACAUCAAGAAUGUGCACAUAAAUAAGAGAAAUUUGGAAUUUGCCUGUAGAGCUUGUGAUAUUAUGUGCUAUGAUGAGCUAUGCUUAAAGGAUCACUUAAAAACAAAACAUAAGGAAAUGCAGUGCUUAUAUAGAUGUGAAAGUUGUCGACAAAAUUUAGGGACUCCAAUGCGCUACUCUAAGCACAUUUAUGAAAAACAUGAUCAAAUAAGUAAAAUCUGCUAUGAAGAAAAUUGUGGAAAGGAAUUCUAUUCCCAGAAAGCUUUUGAUAUACAUAUUUUAAAACAUUUUAUAAACUAAUUUAAUAUAUAUAAAAACAUAAUUUAUAAUAUUUAUAUAUAGAGAAAAUUCUUCCAAAGGGUAUCUCUAUUAAAUGGAUAAUGCUGUAGAACGGAGACCCUAGAUAACGGAUAUCCUUUUCAAUAGACAUUUUUUCAAAUAUAAGGUUUUUGAUCAUUAAGAACAAGUUAACUACCUUCGGUCAGAUGUCAGUGUAUAUACUUUUAAAUAACUGUAUAAUUUCAAUGUUUACUUUUUUAUUAAUAGAUUUAUAAGUUAGCUAAUAAUA